GAAAGUAACUCCUGCCAUAGGAAGAGGGGGCAAUGACUAGCACUUAAUUUGGAUCUGUCCGUCUAAGGGACCUCUCUCUAUAUGUCCAAGUAGCAUUCAGCCUCUCUACCCUACAUCUGCUCAUCAGGGUUCUUUCUAGCUUCUCUGCACCAUGGACUGGGUCUCUCUGUUAUCACACAGCCAGACCAGGACAUCCCUGAUCUUAUCUGGGAUAAUAGGGCACAGGAAAGACAUGAUGAUCCAUCUUCAUAAGCACAAACACAUGAGCAGAAGUUCUGCCUUGGGAUGGGGGAGCAGCUCAGUGGUACAGCACACAUAUAGCAUGUAUGAAGCCCUGGGUUCAAUUUCUACGCACACACACACGUACAUCAAAAAAAAAAAAAAAAGGAAAGAAAAAAGCGGCUUUAAAUACAUCCAUAUACUAAUAAUUCCCAAAAGUACAGUCAUUCCUUGGUAUCCCAAGGGUUUGGGUUCCAGGAACCCCAGGUUACCAAAAUCCAAAGAUGCUCAAGUCCUUUAUUAAAAAUGGCUUAGUACUUACAUAUAACCUACACAAUCCUCCCAUACGCAUUACAUUAUCUCUAGAUUACUUAUAAUAUCUAAUACAAUGUAAAUGCUAUUAAAUCACUCUUAGGUUAUAUUGUUUAGGGAACAGGGGAAAAUGACAAGGAAAAAAGCAUAUGUGUGUGUGUGUGUGUGUGUGUGUACACAUAUACAGUACAGAUGCAAUUUCUUUCUCCAAAUAAUGUAUAUAUAUGGAAUUCAAGGAUGAAGGGCUUACUGUAUAUCUACAACCCAGAAUCUCCUCUGGGCUCAAAGCUUGUAUUUCCAGCUGCCUAUCUAGUGAAAUGUCUCAAAGGUAUUUAGAGUUUUCCAUGUUCAAAACUAAACUCUCAAAUACUUCUCACAUGCCUCCACAAAAUUGUGACUCUAUCCACACAAUUAAUUAUUCAAGCCUAGGAGUUAUCCUCAACAUCUUCUUCUUUUCUCCCUCCCUUCCCUAAAUCCCAUCUAGCCUGAGACUCUGCCUCCCAAAAUUGCUGCACAUGUAUCUGCUCUAGCUCUACCACCAUGGCCCAGGGGCCAUCAUCUCUAACUUGAACAUAGCAAUAUCCUCCCAACCUCCCAACUAUCUUUAGUCCAUUCUCCAGAAUGAAUUCCAUUAAAAGCCAGAGUAAGCUUUUUUUUUUAAUAUAUUUUUUAAUAUUUAUUUUUUAGUUGUAGUUGGACACUAUUUAUUUAUUUAUUUAUAUGUGGUGAUGAGGAUCAACCCGGGGCCUCACACAUGCUAGGAGAGCGCUCUACUGCUGAGCCACAAUCCCAGCCCCACAGUAAGUUUUUAAAAAUAAAAUUUGAUAUUAAAUAAGAGUAAGCUUCAGCUAGGCACAGUGACGCACACCUAUAAUCCCAGCGGCUGGGGAGGCUGAAGCAGGAGGAUUGUGAGUUCAAAGCCAGCCUCAGCAAAAGUGGCAUUAAGCAAAUCAGUGAGAUCCUAAAUAAAACACAAAAUAGGGCUGGGGAUGUGGCUCAGUGGUUGAGUGUUCCUGAGUUCAAUCCCUCGUACCAAAAAAAAAAAAAAAAACUUCAUUAGCUUUUCUUCCCAUUCCCCUAUGUUCAUGUAAUUAACUCCCUCUCAUUCUUCCUGAGUCAAACACCACCUGAAUGUUCCCUGAUCCCCAAAUUUGAACUAAGCUUCCCUGCUUUUCUCUCAUAAAAUUUUAUACUUUUCUUCAUAGUUUAAUCACAAUUAAACUCCAGAAGGGCAAAGUCAAGCUCAGUCCUAAUGCUCAGUGAACAUUCGUCGAAUAAAAUGAAUGUACGUCAGAGAACUCUACCCUGUUUAAUAGGAGUGGUUUUCAAUCUCCAUUUAAAUAAGGAUUAGUGUUAUUACAUUUAGGAGUCCAAAUAGGUGCUUUAGGUAUUGCAGCCCACUGAGCCUUCAGUGUUCAUCCCAAUAACCUAUGCUCUUAGCAGUAACCCUAACGUCCACAGACCAAAUAAACAGCUUUGUGACGUGGACAUUAAACGUGGUCACGUUUUCGCCUCCUGCCCAGAAUGACACCGUAGUUCAUUAGCUCCAUUCAGGCCUGCCAAGUGCGCCCCUUUCCCCUCCUAGAUCCGGGGCUCCCACACCUGUGCUCGAACCUUCCGUACAGCAUGGCGGCUCCCAAAGUCGCGGCGCGGGACAGACUCUUCCGCACAUCAGGGCCGCCUACGGAAAGCGACUUGCAACCCCGCCCGCCCAGCUCCCGGAAGUUUCCAUUUGAAACCGAGGCGGCAGAUCCGACCGGCUGCUUGGCCGUUGCUGCUGAGCCUCUCCUGAACAACAGCGACGAGGACUGCGAGCGGGAGCGGCGAGCGUCUGAGGCCCAGCCGUGCCGCCUCCUUACGAUGACCGGUGUGGUUAAGACAGUGUACAGCGUGCAGCCCCCCUCUGUGCUGAGCGGCGGCCUGUCGGCAGAUACACAAACUCGAGCUACUACCAAGAGUCUGUUACCUAUUAAGUCCAAAGAAGUCGAUGUUUCCAGACAUCUUUAUUCAGGAGGUUCAGAUAAUGAUAUUACAAAAAUCACCAAACCAAAGCGAGAGAAUGGGCAGAUGAAGGCUGCAGAGACUGCCAUCAAGAGGAACAUGAAGAAGAGCUACAAACCAUUGAGUAAGCAAAAGUCAGAGGAAGAGCUCAAGGAUAAAAAUCAGCUAUUAGAGGCUGUCAACAAGCAGCUGCACCAGAAGUUGACUGAGACUCAGGGAGAGCUGAAGGACCUGACUCAGAAGGUGGAGCUGCUGGAGAAGUUUCAGGACAAUUGUUUAGCGAUUUUAGAGAGCAAGGGCCUCAACCCAGGCAGUGAGACCCUGGCAUCACAGCCGGAACCUACUCUGGAUCACACAGACUCUAUGUUGCUGUUAGAAACUUUGCAAGAUGAAUUGAAACUUUUUAAUGAAACUGCCAAGAAGCAGAUGGAGGAGUUACAGGCCUUAAAGGUAAAGUUGAAGAUGAAAGAAGAAGAAAGGGUUCGAUUUCUAGAACAGCAAACCUUAUGUAAUGGUCAAGUCAAUGAUUUUAAAACAGCCCUGGAGGAAAUGGAGCAGCUAUUAGAAAUGUAAUAAAAGACAAGUGGUCAGAUGGCUCCCUGUUGGGGAUAAAAUUCUCAGCAAAAGUCACUUAAGACAUCUUCGUGGCCAUGAUCUUCUAAGACUUACAAUCCCCAGAGUGAAAACAGUUUCUGCAGUAGGAUUAAGGGCAAAUUAUGCUGGAAUGGAGAUUCUUCCUUUAAACAGCUUUCCCCACCUUCAGAUUGGUCAACUCUCCUGAGCAUCACAUGUAGAUAAUGGAGGCCUAUAAGAAUGGACCUGGAAGCUUGACUCAACCUUGUAGGCAACAAAGCAGCACACCAUUAGAAUCAGGAGACUAAAGCAGCCACAGCCAGAGACUCUAGAAGGUCACAUUCAGGUUUACAGGAAGAAAUCCUUAUUUUUACAGUAGAGCACAGGAGCUCCCUGAGGCAUCACUGAUAAGCUGUGCUUGUUAGAACACACACUGUUCCAUCCUGGUUGGGCUUUUAUACAUCAUUGUAAAUUUGUGAACUUGGAAGUUCUUGGCUUAACAAAUGGGGUGAUGGUAUAGAAAGGAAUAACACCUACCUGAAACAAUACAUCUUGGAGCUUUUAAUUUAAA